AUGAGUUUUGUUAUCACGACGAAGGAAAUGGAAUACCAACUACCCGCCCCCCCGAUCAGUACUACAACUCCAGCGCCCCUGGGCCACCAAGUGCCGGUCGGGGUGAUGCAGGGAACUUUGACGCACGUCCAAACGACCCAGCAGGACGAAUCGCACAGGUGGACGCAAUACCAGCAGCUGUGGAGGCAGCAUGUUUACAUGAACGGAAACAGUAAACCACCCCAUCCGCACAGUCAUGGCCACACAACGAUCAAAGAUUUAACAGGAAAUAUAUUAGGAGAUGACAAAACUAAAGACGAUGGAGAGCUCUGGAACACAGUCGAAGCACAAACAGCUUUCCUCGGUCCAAAUCUUUGGGAUAAGACUUAUGAAACGGAUUUAAAGUACGUUGAUUUGGAUGAAUUCCUGUCAGAAAAUGGAGUUUCGAUGGACGGGCUAGGUAGUCAUGGCUCAUUAGGACCUUUAAACAGUUCUCAACCUUUACCAAAAAGAGAAAGGUCGCCCAGUCCCAGUGAUUGCAUGAGUCCUGACACUAUGAAUCCCCCUUCACCUGCCGACUCCAAUUUUUCUGAAGCUUUAUCUAUGGCUUCGAGUUGUCGAGACUUCGAUCCAAGGAAGAGAGUAUUUUCAGAUGAGGAACUGAAACCACAACCACUCAUCAAAAAGUCCCGCAAACAAUUUGUACCAGACGACCUUAAAGAUGACAAAUAUUGGGCGAGACGAAGGAAGAAUAACCUGGCUGCCAAAAGAUCACGUGACGCCCGUCGGAUGAAGGAAAAUCAAAUCGCACUUCGAGCUGGUUAUCUGGAGAAAGAGAAUAUUGGUCUUCGUCAAGAAUUAGAAAGAAUGAAAAAAGAAAAUUUAAUUUUAAAGAACAAAUUGUCAAAAUAUGAAGAUGUAUAAGUACCUGAAAGAACCAUUUUCCGCUGCAUAUUUCAUAAGAAGAAAAGAAGUAGUAUCCGGUCAAAUUAACACUUUUUCGAAAUCUACUUAUGCCGUGUUCUUUCAGAGGACAAAUCCAAACAUUUGUACAUAAACAUCCACAUUAUGUAGUAAUCAUGUAGUGUUAAGUUUAUUACUUGUAGUCAAACAUUAGUUUUUGUUUUUAGCAUGGUAUUAUCGAAUAUACUUGGUUAAUGUUAUUCUUAGCAUUCAAAAUCAAGCAAUUUGUCUCUAAAGUUAAAAAGAUAUUUUUAAAAUAAAAAAUAAUUAUAUGCAGAUGCGGUAAUGGUUAGAAAAUAUAAUUGCUAAUUAGUUUAAAUAAAGACUGUUGUGAAAGCUAUCCAAUAGGAAGCUUUGGUAUAGACUCCUCUAUUUUGGAUCAUGUAAAAUGAUUCCCCUUUAAACAAAGAAAAACAACCUCAUGAGUCAUAUUUCAAAUUGUGUUCAAACCAUGAACCAUAGUCAAACUUAUUGUUAACCACUAUAAUUUCAAUACAUUACGAGUACAGUAUGAAUUUGUCAACUAAUGUAUUUUUACCGAAAUUACAUAACCACCUAUUUAUCAUAUAUAACCUACAAUUUUACUAAUUUCUACAAUAACUCAUGCUCCUGAAUGUCUCGUAAAUUGAGUUUAGAUACAUUCACUGCUGUGUAGUUAAUAUAUACUGCUGAACAUACGGAAUAUUCUCAAAUACAUCUCGUAGAAGACAAAUUUACUAUAGGUAGUAAUUAAUUGAGCUAUGUAUUGUUGUAACAACACUAAUUGCUCUCAUGAUUUUGUCGUAAUUUUGGCAGUUACUUACUUCUUUAACACAGCCUUUAAUAUCCAUUUUAUCCUACUUUGCACUAUAGCCUGCUGGUAUACAGGUACCCUUUUUAUUUUAAUAUUCAUUAUUUCGCCUGGGUCUUUCGGUUUAUUUUCGUCAUCUCUUGUAUUUGUCAAUAUUUUUCGAAGAGCUUAUAGCAACAAGCUAUGUAUAUUGUCUGUUUUGUAUGAUUUUCGUUUUAGUUAUCUUUAAUUUUAAUAUGUCGAUUGGUCCCAGUUCUAGUUUACAAGUUUUACUAACUUAAAUAAGUUCAAUUAUUUUAUUCAAACCUAUUUGGCUACUAAGUCACAUUAUAUACCCUGCGUAACGGUAUGUGAUAUUACUUUUACUAUUAUUAUGUUAAAUUGCUUGUUAAUCUAGCUUGAUUUUACACUUCGAGUUAUCGUAUUUGAUCGUCAGUCUAUUAGAAUAUUUGUAGUGUACUACCUCGUUCCUGAAGUAAGACCAUCUUUCCUGAUUCACUACACUUUUCAGAUUGUUGCAUGCAUCUGUUCUUAUUUAGUUCGUCUUCUUACAUAUUCAUUCCUCCUUUAUUCUGGAGAUUAAUCAGCGUGAUUCAAAUUUUUAUAUAAUAAAUCAUUAAAAGCUUAUUUUUAUUGUUUAUUAGCAAUCAUUCUACAGGCCUUUGACACUUGGUCUUAAAAAAACCCUGUCCUUUUAUCAAACUCCUCCAAUAUGUCAUACAUUCUUAAUAAAAGCUAACAAUUUUCUAUGAGGAUCAUUUUCUCCUUUAUUAAUACUUGUUUUGCUAGUAUAUAGCCGCCUCAUGUCACUAACCAUUUCGAACUAACAUAGUACAAGUAUGGCCCUUUCUUUCUCUCUUCGUCUUACUGCCUGUAGCAUAAAUCAAUCUUCUACCUACGUUGUAUAGGGGUUUCCUUACUUGGCAGUAUCCAAUCACCAUCUCUGUGGCCACCUCUCAUCUCUUAAGAUUAAUUAGAUUAUACAAAAGCCCCUUGAUAAUAGUGUUAAUGAUUUUCUUCACAUGGGUUUAACACUGAAAGUUUCGCUAUUUGAUGUUAUGACUGUUUUCUAACCACUUUCUAAAUGAAUUUCAUUUCUAUUGACAUAUUUCAUAUAAUGUCGAAAAAUGGUUCUAGGCCUUCACAGAUUCUAAGGUAUGUUAUACCUUAUUGAUGUAAGUGAUUUUAUAAUGUCUACAGCUUUCCGCAGUUGGCGCAGUCGUUUGCUGAUUCAUAUUCAUUUUGUCAUCUGAUUCGGUCUAAGUUCUUAAUUACAUAUUGGAAUCUGAUUAGUAACGAUAUUUAUGCUGUAAAUCUUAGGAUUAUAUCACAUAGAUAUGAAAACUUUUCAAAUAAUUAGUUUCUACGUCUAUUUUCAAAAGUUCCUUCAACAAUUGUCUGUGCUGUUUUUGUUUGAUUAUAUGAGUAUGAAUGGCUUUCCUUUUUCUUCAUAAUGAUUUCUUCAGGGUUGUCUUGUUAAGAUUAUAUUGUUUGCAUUGGUAUUAAUAGUUAUUGGCAUAAACAAUGAAAGUUUAUAGACAGCUAUAAUACAGCAUUCUAUACAUUUUCAAAAAAUAAAAUUUAUAGUGAUUUCGUUAGUAGGGAAUACGAACCUUUGAUCAUUACUUGUGUCUGAGCUAUUUUGUACCCUGCACUAAUUAGAAGCGCACUUAAUAGUAGAUGAUACUACUUUUUUGGUAUUUUUAUAAAUUAAUUGGUAGGUAUAGUUCGUGAAGAUUUUAACAAAUUUUUGUAAGUUAAAGUUGAUGCAUAUGAAACAUGUAUAGACUUUAAAAAAAGAUACUUUUGGGAGACAAAUUGUUUGAUCAUACCAGUCAUAGACAGUUACCAUUUAUUGUUGCUGUGAACAUUUUUAUCUUUUUUGUUAUUGAUAUGUCAUUGUGGUCAUAUACAUUCUAUAUUAGAAUUGACCUAACUUAAAAUAUAUCGCCAAGUAUUUUUCGACAAAAACUAAAAACGUUUUUGAAACAUUGCUGCCUGUAAAAUGUGGUAGCUUCGUCUGUUAUACAAAUGCAGGUUAUUUCUUUUGUUGAUUGUUUUUAUGUUUAUAUAGUCUAUUUUUGGUUGAAGUUAGUUUACUAGGCUUUAAAACCAUUGUUGAAAUUAAACUAAAAUUGUUACAGGUUAAACACUAUAUAUUGAAUUAGAUUCUGCAUAUUUGUAGUUCAAAACAGUAAAUUAAUAUACGAGUAAUAAAAUCAAGAUCCAUUUUAAUUGCUAUUAUUUCAGUUAUUUCCCAACCUUAAAUCUUUGUAUCUCCAGAACUCUUCAAAACUGAUCUAUUCAGUCUAUAUAAGUAGGGAAAAGGCGGGCAAAAUGGGGUACUUCAAAUAGGAUUUAAAACAAAUCUGUAACGUUCAAGGUCUUGAAAUAAAGCAAAUAUCAUUG